GAGUUCAAACCAUCGCCUUUGGAUCAUCCCACUCGGGCUGGAACGAACCUGGUCAGAGCCUCUGCUGGUCGAACACUGGAGCAAGCAUGUCUGGCUUCGACAAAAUCAUCAAAGGCGCGUGCAAGCCCAAGGCGGCACCGCCGAAGUCCAAGUAUGUCGAGCCUCUCAUCGCUGCGACGUGGUCAGAUGAUGGAGCAGUGGGGGACGUGUGCAAGGCAUUGUCUCCCAAGUUCAGGGAGCCCAACGCAGUCGUGGUAUUCAAGGCCCUGAUAGUCCUUCACAUGCUGAUACGCAACGGCGCGACCGACAACGUCCUCUCAUACCUAUCCAGCACGGACGUCCUACGGUUAAAGAAUGUCGGAGCCGGACACUGGGAAGGCUAUAACGCUCCGCAGAACCUGCAGCACUAUGCCAUCUACCUGGACACCCGCAUCCGCGCCUAUCGGGAGACCAAGCACGACGCGAUCCGCGUGCAGUCAGAGACGAACAGGGACCACCGGCUCUCGCAGUCGCUCGAGGAGGACGGCCUCGGACGCAGGCGGAAUAACGGCGAAUCAAGCUCCGCAUCUGUACAAAGGAGCAAGACGAUGGCAGGGCGGAAGUUGAGGGUGAUGUCGGUCGAAAAGGGCUUGUUGAGGGAGACUAAGGCUGUUCAGAAACAGAUAGACGCCCUCGUGGAAUGCCGGUUCUAUCUUGAAAACCUAGAGGACGAUCUCACCGUCACGGCAUUGCGCAUGCUCGUGAAGGAUCUUGUUAUCUUGUUCCAGGCCGGGAACGAGGGGAUGGUGAAUGUGCUAGAGCAUUUCUUCGAAAUGUCGCAUAGUGACGCGGAACGAGCUCUCAGUUUGUAUCGACAUUUCUGUAAACAGACUGAGCGGGUAGUAGAAUAUCUCGGCGUCGCGAAAAAGCUGCAGAAUCUCCUGAAUGUUCCGAUACCCAAUAUGAAACAUGCUCCGGUCUCCCUAGCAGGCGCCCUUGAAGAAUAUCUGACGGACCCAAACUUUGAACAGAACAGGAUAGAGUACAAAACGCAGAAAGAAGCUGCUGAACGGAACGCCAAGGCUGGUAAUAAGGGUACGGCGCCCAAGACAGAAGACAAGGCAUCUUCACCCAAUGCUUCGUCCUCGAACACGUCCUCCAUGACGCCGUCCGUGUCAUCUUCUAAUGACACAGUGAAGCCAGAGAACAAGCAAGCCGUCAUGGACUUCUUCUCGGCGAUAGAAGAAGAACAGCAGACAAUGUUUAAUCCCCAGACUGGCAGUCCGACGUCCAACUACUUCCAGCAACAAGCCCAGCACAACCCUUUCCAGCUGCAAAUGCAAAUGACAGGUGCUUUCCCGACCCAGCCAUUCAGCCAGCAAGCGCCACCCCAGAUGCAGACGCAGCCAACUGGGUUCAUCCAGCCCCAGCAGACUGCUUUCCAGAUCACAGCGCAGCCUACCGGCACGAAUCCCUUUGGCAUGCAAAUGAUGCAGCAACAGCAACCACAACAGCAAGCUCAACCGAACUUCCUGCGGCCCCAAGCGACAGGCUUCCUGCAGCCACAGAUGACUGGAGCGAAUCCAUUCCGGCAGAGUAUGCUCAUGGCCCAAAGCACAGGGUUGCCGCUGUUCCCGAUGAACACGGGUGCUGGAAUACCCAACUUCUCGGGUCAGUCGACCAAUGCGUUCCAGCAGCAGCAGUCGUCUCCGUUCUCCGCCACUCCUUCCAUCUCUGCUACGUCUUCCGUAUCCUCUGCGACAUCAUCUGCGUUCUCCCAAUCGCCUUCGUUUGCUGCACCUUCUGCUCAGCAGCCGAACGCGAACGCGAAUGGUGUCAAUAACUCCAAUUUGCCAGCCCGGCCUGCCACGGCACCGUUGUCUGCACCCUCCUCGAGCACUCCGCAGCCUCAGCCUGUGAAGUCCCACCAGACUGGAUCAAGGAAUCCGUUUGGUGUUCCUGUGACGCCUGCUCCUCCGGUGCCCCAGCCGCCUACUCUGAUGGAGUUGAUGAUGGGGAACAAGUCCACUCAGUCUGGGCAGAGUGCAGGGAACAAUCAGCAGCAGCAGCAGCAGCUACAACAACCCCAGCAAACUGGUCUCGCGAACGGCUUCGGGAGUUUUAGCGGGAUAAAUGGCAACAAUUCCCAGGAUAAGGCGGACAUGGCGAGCGUUGCGUCUUCCUUCACGACUUUGAAGACAGGCGAGAAUAAGACCGGAUUUUCUGGGUUGCCUAACAUCAGUUCGACGUCGUCGUUCGGGGCGUCGCCACUGUCGUCGCAGAAUACUGCGACUACUGCGACAUCCAGCUUUACAGGAUCGACGUUCUCGUCUUUCUUGGGGAGUCAGCCCACAGGCGCGACGACAACUUCGGCGACUUCAGGGUCCCCCUCGAUAUCCGUUUCGUCCCCGACACUGAAGCCACAGACAACAGGCUUCAGUGGGAUCAAGCCGUUCAAGCCUUCUUCAUCUUUCGGCGCGCAGUUGCUGGACUCCUUGCCCCCCAUACCACAGUCUGCGCCCACUACACCUAACAACGAAGGUGCUCCAACCUUGUCGUCGUCCUCUAGCUCGAAUUUUGGGUCGUCCUCCACACCUUUCAGCAGUACUCCAUCGUCCCAGCCUACUGGCUUCCGGGGGCUGUCUAAUCAACCCACUGGAACAUCGCCGUUUGGCGGGCUCGGCACUUCUGGCUCGUCACCGGGCGUCGGGCUGCGCCCGCAGAUGACGGGAGGCGGAGCGGCCAAUCCUUUUCGAGCAACCAUGUUCUCAACAACAUCCCCACCUCUACCUUCCUUCCAGACGUCGACACCGACUGGUGCUGGGUUCAGCUCCGGAUUUGGAUCUUCGCUCUUUUCGCAAUCCACGGGCGCUCCUUCGUCGACAACGCCUUCCUUUGGCAGCAAUUUGUUCAGCAGCUCUCAGCCACAGCAAGGUCAGCCCACACAAACGCAGCAAAAUGGGCAGUCGCUCAUAUAGCGUCCCAUAUUUCUCGAUAUUAUAUACCAUUCUUAUGUGGAUUCCCUCGUGCAUUCUUUAGACAAUCGUUGGGUUUCAUGACUAGCUACGAUACCGUAAUUGUCUCACGUUCCUUUGUUUGUUCGUUUCGCCUUCAUGUUUGCAAAUACUGCCACUCGCCUACGGACUGUUUUGUCAAGUUUAUGAGACGCGCUCCCUUGACGCGUCUCAAGCCACUCCCUCACUUGUACUCAUACUCAUCCUACAUCUGCUACCUCUCUCUCGAAC